GGAGAGAAAGAGAGAGAUAAUAGAAUAGAGGGAAAGACAGCAUCAGCACGUCCAGUGUCACCCACGUGUCUCCUCGAGAAUCGCCAAGAGUUGAGACCCUCACGAGAUUCUGGUCUCCGCCCCAUCGCCUCGAUUCACCACCCCCAACCAAGCCCAACAAAACCACAACAACAACAAAACUCGACUCAACUCGCUCACUAACUCCGUCCGUCCUCAGUGAAGCUCGCUCCUUGUCUCUCUCUCUCUCUCUCCCUUUCUCUGAGAACUGCUCUGAGAUUCCUUGGGAGGCAACCAGUGGCAUCUCCACACGAACAUUCCUCGCCGGCUCUAGAACCCUCUAGAAGACCACCUUCUCUGUUGACUUUCUGCUUCCCAGAAUCAGAUGGCUCCGCUUCGUUGCAUUCUCUUCCUCGCUGCACUCUGCUCUCUGAUUCCUGCUCUUCACGCUAGCGCUGGCGAUGCUGAUCUGAUUUACAAGUCUUGUGUGGUGCAGUGUGAAAAAUCUGGAUGUGUAGGAGAGAAAUGCUUUCAACACUGUAAAUUUUCAUCUGAUGGGAAACCUAUUGAUGGUCCAUGGUACAUGCAAGAACCUCUUUAUUUGCGCUGGAAACAAUGGGACUGCCGCAGUGACUGCAGGUACCACUGCAUGCUUGCUAGGGAGGAAGAGAGAGAGAAACUUGGUGAUAAGCCUGUCAAGUAUCAUGGAAAAUGGCCAUUUCAGCGUGUUUAUGGCAUCCAGGAACCUGUUGCUGUUGCUCUUUCUGCUCUCAAUCUUGCCAUGCAAUUUCAUGGUUGGAUAUCUUUUUUCAUCCUUGUAUACUACAAAUUGCCUUUGAAUCCAAAUAAGAGGACUUACUACGAAUAUACGGGCGUCUGGCACAUCUAUGGGAUCCUAUCAAUGAACUCUAGGUUUUGGAGUGGUGUAUUUCACAGCCGAGAUGUGGAGUUAACAGAGAAGCUAGAUAUUUCUUCUGCUGUAGCACUACUUGGAUUCUCACUCAUUCUAGCAUUACUUCGAUCUUUUAAUGUGAGAGAUGAGGCUGCCAGAGUCAUGGUUUCUGCUCCGCUGAUUGCAUUCGUGACCACACACAUACUGUACCUGAACUUCUAUAAACUUGAUUACGGUUUGAACAUGAAAGUGUGCAUGGCCAUGGGCAUUGCUCAGCUUCUUACAUGGGCAGUUUGGGCUGGUGUUACUCGACAUCCGUCACGCUGGAAGUUGUGGGUGGUGGUGGCAGGAGGAGGCCUUGCCAUGGUCUUCGAGAUAUAUGACUUCCCACCUUACCGGGGUUAUAUAGAUGCGCUUGCUCUCUGGAAUGCAAUCAACAUACCUCUUACAUACCUUUGGUGGAGUUUUGUCAGGGAUGAUGCUGAGUUUAUGACAUCGGCCCUCCUGAAGAAAGCAAAGUAGCAGUUCUGGACCUAAAGCAUGAGUGAUCGAAUGGUGCAAUAUAUCAAAGUACAUGACAUGCGCACCCCUGUUAAUUUAUGAAGGUUCUCUUUUUUCUCAUGUGUAAUGCGUUUCUUCUUCGAAAUGCUUACCAUGAUGUGGUUCCCUUCGUUUUUUGCAUUUCAUUGGUAAUCCAAUUGUUUCCACUGUAUAUGUGGGAUGGGAUCCAGAUUUCCAGGUCUUUGUGUUGGUGCUUUUUUUUUUUCCCUGGAAAAUCUCAGUUCGCAUAUGUAAGAAUCAAAUAACCAAGUUACUGUAUUUUGCUGUAAAUCUUUUGUGGAAUACCAUUUAGCAUGUUGUCUUUAUA